ACCUGCUCCACCUGCUCCACCGUCAGAAUGCGACUGCCAUACCGAAAUAAGAAGGUCACCCUGUGGGUGCUCUUCGGCAUCAUCGUCAUCACCAUGUUCCUAUUCAAAUUCACCGAGCUGCGGCCCACAUGCCUCUUCAAGGUGGACGCCUCCAAUGAGCUGUCCUCCCAAAUGGUUCGCGUUGAGAAAUACCUCACAGAUGACAAUCAACGCGUUUAUUCAUACAACCGUGAGAUGCCAUUAAUAUUCAUAGGCGGCGUGCCCAGAUCUGGGACGACUUUGAUGCGCGCCAUGCUGGAUGCCCAUCCCGAUGUGCGCUGCGGGCAGGAAACCCGCGUCAUUCCACGCAUCCUGCAAUUGCGCUCGCACUGGCUGAAGUCCGAGAAGGAGUCGCUCCGCCUGCAGGAGGCCGGCAUCACCAAAGAGGUCAUGAACAGUGCCAUCGCGCAGUUCUGUCUGGAAAUCAUCGCCAAGCACGGCGAGCCGGCGCCGCGCUUGUGCAACAAGGAUCCGCUGACGCUGAAAAUGGGCUCCUAUGUCAUCGAGCUAUUUCCGAACGCUAAAUUUCUAUUCAUGGUGCGCGACGGCCGGGCGACAGUUCAUUCGAUUAUAUCGCGCAAGGUGACAAUCACCGGCUUCGAUUUGAGCAGCUACCGGCAGUGCAUGCAGAAGUGGAACCACGCCAUCGAGGUGAUGCACGAGCAGUGCCGGGACAUCGGCAAGGAGCGCUGCAUGAUGGUCUACUACGAACAGCUCGUUCUGCAUCCUGAGGAGUGGAUGCGAAAGAUACUGAAAUUCCUGGACGUUCCGUGGAACGAUGCGGUGCUGCACCACGAGGAGUUCAUCAACAAGCCGAACGGAGUGCCCCUGUCCAAGGUGGAACGGUCGUCGGACCAGGUCAUCAAGCCCGUAAAUCUGGAGGCGAUGUCCAAGUGGGUCGGCCAGAUACCCGGCGAUGUGGUGCGCGACAUGGCCGACAUAGCACCCAUGCUGUCCGUGCUCGGCUACGAUCCGUACGCGAAUCCGCCGGACUAUGGUAAGCCAGAUGCAUGGGUGCAGGACAACACGUCGAAGCUAAAGGCCAAUCGAAUGCUGUGGGAGAGUAAGGCCAAGGAAGUGCUGCAGAUGUCGUCCAGCGAGGAUGACGACUCGAAAGCGGUCAUCAACAAUAGCAACAACAAUAAGGAUAACAACAAUAAUCAGUACACAAUCAAUAAAAUUAUACCAGAAGAACACAACAGACAGCAUGUACAGCAGCAACAUGUACAGCAGCAACAUCUGCAGCAGCAGCAGCAGCAGCAACAUGAGCGAGGCGAGGGGGAGAUCGAGGCGGAAAGGGAAAGGGAAACGGAUCCGGAUCGAGGACAACAAUUGUUGCAUCAAAAGCCAAAGGAUGUCAUUACGAUAAAGCAGCUGCCAUUAGCCGGCAGCAACAAGAACAACAACAACGAGGACCCCAUGGCGGAUACAUGAUAUCCGCACAUACCCAUUAGACUGCCGCGUGGCAAGCAUUGAACCUGGGAAACUUGGCUGCCGAUAAGGAUUACGAUAAUGAUAACUGUAGCUGCUGGUGGAAAACCAAUUUUAAAUGGUAUUAGCUGAGACAAUUGCAUGCUUGAUAUAUGUAUAUGCAUAUGAUGUAUUUGCAUUAAUGCUUCUUAAAGUUACCAAAAAACACACAAACAAAACAAAACAAAAGUAGUUAAACAUCUACAGAACGUUUCGUGACGAAAAGACUUAAAGUUGCAGGGAGAAAUGCCAAUUAAUAGCCACCACCUCCCCCCUAAAUUCAUAAUAAUUUAAUUUAUGCCUUAAUAUCUCUUAACUGGAUUUACCUUAAUGCGGGCUGGGCGUUGAAUUAUAAAUAGAUUUAUUGUGCAAUGAAUUACUUCUUUGGCCCAUUUUAAUGGCCCAUUACAAGACCUACUACCUUAAUUACCAGCUAAUCAUAUUCAACUGAUAAGCUACUUAAUUGAACAUUUGCAUCAAUAUAUUUUAGUUAAAGCGGCGACUUAAUGCGAUUAAUGUUAUUAUUAAUAUCCGACCAAUAUCGGAUAGCCUUGUUUUUAAUCAAACGGUUGGCAUUCACCCCUUCCCCUCAUUAUGUAACAGUCAAGAAACGCACUGUAUGCCUAAACCUUAAAAAUGUGUUGCGCCAAAAAAAAUUUCAAAUAAAAUCACAAAAAGAAAAGAAGGCUUUGCAAUGAUGAAGAUGCAGGAAAUCCAAGCAAGCCCUUACCAAGGAGGUUACGACACAAAUAGAAAACAUUUUAAUAUAGUUUAGACCUUUUUUUGAAACCUUUUUUGUACGAAUGUUUUUUUGAGACUCGUGUCGGUUUAUUACUUAGAAUUUUUUUUCCUAUAUGUAAUUGUGUAUAUAAAAUAUAAAUAUUUAAGUUAUGUUCCCCACUUAUCGAAUGAAUCUCUAGCUGAACUUCGUUAUUGGGCUCUAGAAAUCUUCAUAGGUUUACAUAAAGAAUACGUGAAAAUACAACCCUAAGCACUGUUUAUAGUUUGCAAAACUGUAGGGCAAAGCAAAACGAAAACCAUUUAGAAGUGUUACAUUUUAAACGAAAAGAGCUUUUAAGAUGUUUAGUUAAAUAAUCAUAAUUGCAUAUGAAUUACUUGCUGCUGAUGACAAAAGAAAAAAGACGUGAACUAGUAUAGAAAUAUUACAUUUUUGUAAACUUUUUUUGUGUUGCAAUAAAUUGACUGAAUGUAAAGAAAACCAAUUUAAUAAAACCAUAUAUAAAUGUAUAACUUAAACUGAAUGUCUAAAUGUAUAUGAAAGUUGUAAUAGAUUUUAAAUGUAUAUGUGUGCGAGCGUGCAAGGGGAGAAGAAACGAAGUUAGCUAAGCUAAAUCAUUUGGUCUAUGAAAUUUACUUCAAAUUCAAAUGGCUGUUAUAAAAAAGAAAAAAGGUGAAUAAUGCCAGCAACAUACCGUACUUACAUUAAUCAAAAAAGAUCUAAUGGUAAGGACUUUACUUGCAUUGGUUAAAUGGCAAUAGAAAACUAUAACAACUUUUUAGCAGACUGUACUUACACUAAAAAAAUUUGACAGUUGUAUAUGACAUCUUUUGAGCAGACUGUACAUCCACUUAAAAAUCGUUCCAUCUCUCUCAGUCAUUUGAAUUUGAAGACGGUUUUUAAUGUUAUAGCCCCAUCUUAUUUUUUGGCAAGACAAAGAUCCUUGCACAGACAAACGAGCCUUGUCCGUCCUAACUGCUGAGUGUGUGCGAACAGGAUGGCUAUUUUAUGUACUUACUUGCUGUUAGCUUUGUGCUCAAAGAAAACUCUAUGAAUGUUUGUUUUUGUGUUUAAUUUCAAGAAAUAAAAUGAGAAUUGCUGACAAUAAAUAAGGAAAAAUGAUGGCUAAGAGGAAAUUGAAGUUUAUUUGAUGGCCGGGAUAAGAAAUCCCGAUUGCUAAGAGAAUUAAUGGAAAAGAAAGUCAAACACAAAUGAGAAAUGUUUAUAUAAAUGUGUUUUUGUGUAGUCACAGUGCGUGUCGCAACCAUAAAACUAUCUAGUUUUUUGAUUGGGGAACACAUUGAGUAUGUGAACUAUACAUGUAUAUGUGGUAAAUGUGAAACGUAAACUAUUUUUGCUAGCUUUUAAGAUGCAUUUUUUUUUCUCAAUUUUACCCGUGUAUGUAUGAAAUAUAUAUAACUCUCUUAA